AUGGAUUCCUCUCAGACUCGGCUUAUUGUAUCUUCGAUAUUGGCCCCUUAUAAAGUACUGUUGUUGGCAUUAGUUGCGGCGUAUUGCUUGGGGAUCCUUCCCAAAAAAAGUAAUGCUUCGUUAUUGGCGUUGAUGGUGAAGAUCAUCGAACAACACCCACUCGUCGAUGAUGAACCUAUUUCGGUGGAUAUUCCAGUGCUAGAGUUACUAGAGAUGAUCAGAAAAGCAGUAAUGGGGAAUUAUGACAACAAUUCGCAGAAAAACUCCGAAGAUAAUAAACAAAUAGCCGAUGAAUUCGAUACCAUUCAAUCACGACUUUUGAACGCCAUCUGGUCAAUGAAGAACUUAGAUGACUUGCACCAAUUCAUUACCAAAUCGAAUUCGCUAUUGGUAAAUACUGCUGCUGAAGGGAAAGAACUUUUGGCAGAUUUUCCUAAAGAUAUAUUGCUCAAGAAACUAUUAACAAAACGAAGUUUCCUUGGGAAAUUUGUGUUGAGUUGUAUCAAAGAUCUCGAGUCAUUAGAAUUCAAGGAAACUCAAAACUUUUGGCAUUGUUUUGUCGAAUAUAGACAGCCCAGUCUAAAACUAUUUCAAAGCUAUAAUAAAAGUAAUAAUAAUGCCUUUGGAUCUUCGUUGACAACAUUUGUUGGAAAGUCCGAUGAUAAUGACAACCACAAUUUUGGAGAGGAUCCCCAGUUGAACCUACUUAUCCAAAGAAUUAAAAAAAACACUUUCUUCGCAGACAUUCCUGGAGUGAGUCCUUUGAGCUCAUUAGAAAAUUUGAAGGUUGUGUCUGGUAUCGACUUACAGCGGGCGGUAUCCAAGCAGAUUAGACUAUUGGAAUCGUUUGGCACCCCUACCACUGAUUCUUUGCGAGAAACUUUAGAAUUGGUGGCAAAACAAGGCAAUAAUGUCUUCCCAUCAUCCUAUUAUUUAAUGUAUUUGGAAUCGAUUAAUACCGGUGAUUAUGAGGGGGCCUUCAAGUACUUGCAUGGUUAUUUUGAUUAUAUGAUGUCGAAUAGUUCACAGAGUUAUUACCAAUAUGCUCUUUUGAGCUUGGCAACUUUGCACGCCAAAUUCAAUUCCAAUCAACAAGCAUUGGAAGCAAUUAAAGAAGCAAUCCUAGUAGCCAGAGAAAACAAUGACAAUGGGUGUUUGAAUUAUUUGCUUUCUUGGUUAUUUAAUUUCUUGAAGAACCGCCCAGAAUUGAAACAUGAUUUUUUCGAAUCGAAUGAACAAUUACUAGGAUUUCUAAAGAAUAAAACUAAUACUCAAAAUUCUGAUAAUAUCGAUAAUAUGACCGAGACUGACCUCAAUUCCAAGGCUUAUGAAAUGGAGGCAACGCAAAUUAUCUUGGAUGGUGGGCCAUUAAGCAAAAUCUUGGAGGCAAUAAUUAAGUCUGAAUAUUUGGCGCUCAAUGAUGAUUAUGAUAAUGGCUCUUUCAUAAUAAACUGUCUAUUGCAAUCAUCAUUAUGGUCAAGAACUGGUGUUUGUGAAUUAGCGGAGCUAUUCGUAUCGAUUGCCAUGGAUGCCAGUAAAUCGCAACAUAAUAUUGGAAAUAUAAACUACAGGCUAGCAUGGCUAGAAUAUGAAAAUGGGGAAAUGUCAAGAGUUAAAAACAUCAUCGAAGGUUCGGACACAACUAAUGAAAUGAUGGACCAAACAACAGAAGUAAUCAGAUCGGCGUUGGCGGUAAAGAAAUUGAUUCAUGGUAACGAUUUAGCAGGGGCCAAGUAUCAAUUGUUGAAGCUUAAAGAGGAACAAAAGCUUAGGAGCGAUAUAGAUAUUAGAAACGAGAUCAUUUAUCUUCACUCGGUGAUUGAAUACAAGCUGGGAAAUUAUGAUAAUGCUAUGAGAAUUGUUAGCGAAGAAAUCAAAAAGAAUGAAAAAAUCCCAUCAUUAUUCAGUAAUUAUUGGUACAUUAAAUUUAGUAUCAUGUACUGCAAAAUUGGAUCACUGGGUGAUAAUAACGGGGUGAGAGUUUUACCAAGGAUCAAUGAAAUGAUAAAGUUAGGGCAGAAAUCGGGGUUAGUUUCCUUAGUUAACGAAUUGAUUCUCAUUUUGGCGAGUAUUUUGAUCAAGAUGAGGAAAUUACAGCAAAGUUAUGAUUUGGUUCAAAGUUACAUGCCACAGAUUUUGCAAUACAGUAAUUUAAUGACGAAGUCUGAUGCCUAUUACUUAUUGAGUGAGAUUUAUUGUGAAUUGCUGAUUAAUGGAUAUUUCAAGCAUGUUGAUGGUCAACAAGUGAUGCAAACCGUUGAUAAUUUUUUAAAGAUUGCAGGUCAAGGAUAUGUGAAAUUCAAUGAUGUAAUAGGUUUGGACAAUUGUUCCCAGCUUCUGAAGAAAUUCCAUGGAAAAGUGCUUGAGGGAAGGUAUUUUAGCUGA